ACGGAUGGAGGACUGCUUUGAAAGUGACCUUCGGGGUACCCGGGCGACACAUCACGCUGGUUGACAGCGCCAAGGGAGUCCCAACUACAACGCUGAAUCCGAGUUCCUACAGCUAUUUGGGGCUCGCAGAAUCCGAGAGUCCCUGUGCGUCUUUUGUGGAAGCCUCAAUCCGAACAUGUGGCAUCGCCUCCGCCAGCAGCCGUGCGGAAGUGGGCACGCACAAUCUCCAUGUGGAGGUCGAGGCCUUGGUGGCGUCCUACGUGGGCAUUGCAUGGUGUCUUUGGUGGGAUUUGCUACAAACGCAGAUAUAUUCCCUGUGCUGGUGGAUGCUCAAUGCCUGGUUAUCUCGGACGAGCUGAGCCACGCUUCUAUUCGGUUUGGCACCCGUCUGUCGGGAGGAACGCUUGCCACGUUCCAACAACGAUUUGAGAGACUUGGAGACGAAACUCUGCGAAGCGGCAUGCUCGCGUGUUCCGUGGAAGAAGGUUCCGGUCGUCGUCGAAGGGCUCUACUCCAUGGUAGGAACACUAUGCCAUCUGCCAGCUAGCUUGUCUGGCGCGCGCGGUAGUGAGGCUUGGUAAUGUGCUUGUUUUAGAUGAAGCUAUGAGUAGCAUCGACAACAGAACAGAAAACAAAUG